AUGAACAUCAAUCGAGAAGCUGAAAAAAAAUGGGCAAAUCGUCCUGUCAGUGAACAAUUGGAUGUGCCUUCAUCUUCUAGUUUUAGAGAAAGCCGAACGUUAAAGGAAAAGAAAAAACUUAUUCAAGAUCUCAGUGAUCGCAAAAGGAUGUUGGAAAACGAAAGAGAUACUCGACGAAAUACCAUUCUUGUUCUUGAAAAAAAAUUGAGACAAGCCAACAAUAAUGUAAAAUAUAUUUCAAAUAACCUUCAUACGAAAGAAAUCGAAUGCAAUGUUUUAAACGAGGAAUUAGAUGAAUGGCGUAACCGUGUAUCUGCUGUUCUUGAACUCAAUAGCCAAUAUGAACUGCAAAUUGACGAAUUGAAACAACAAAUUAUCAGACAAGAAGUAACACUGAAAUUGUUGCGUCAAUCUGAUUAUGUUGCCAGUUCACAAAAGAAUGAAUUGAAUAUUUUACAUGAACAGCAAGAAUCAAUCGAAAAACAAUUGAAGGAAACAUUAGACAUUAAACAAUCCUAUUUUCAUGAACUUUUAACCAUGAAAGAAUCUCAUUCAGCUUUAGUAAGAACCACGAAUGCUGAGAAAUUGCAGUUGAUUAAAAAAAUUUUCGACUUUGAAGCGAUUAUUGAAUCAUUGAAAAAACAGCUGCUAGAUUCGCAGUGCAAGCAAGAGCAAGAAUUGUAUUCAGAACGUGCGCAUUCAUUGGAAUUAGCGCGUCAUUUAAAUAAAUGUGAACAGCAAAAAGCAGAUAUGGAGCUUCAGUUGCGAGUAAUCGCUGAAGAACAUAAAUUUUUAAAUGACAAAUUGAAUAAGCAAUCAGAACUUACCGCAAAUUUAUCUAAGAAGGAACUCGAAAUUUCAAAGAGUUUGUUAGAAGAACUCUAUGAAUUUCGACAAUUUUUAUUUGAAAAUGAGAUUCUUGGUCUAAAUUACGAUAUGAAAAUUGCACUUAAUGAAACUGAACAGUUGAAAAAUGUGAUUAGCACAAUUCGUUCGCAAGCUGUACUCCAAAAGGAAAAUAGCGGGCACAGAGAAGCGCAAUGUCUAAAGCAUGAAGAAAAUCAGAUUCGAGAAUUGGUUCAAUCACUAGAAGAACAAAAUAAAACGCACGUUGCACAAAUUCAAGAGAUGCGCAUAAGAAUGAAUGCCGCCGAAAAUGAAUUAGAACAUUUACGUUUUCGACUUCGAGAAAAGAAUCAGGAAGAGACUUGUUUACGGGCCAAACUAGCUUCAUUAGAAGAAUUGGAAAAAAGACGUGUCACAAGUGCGCCAACUAAUCACCCCUUAUUUGAAGACGAAGGUGGUUGUAAUAUAUUAUCAUCCACUGUCAGUUCGAAAGAAACUCCGUUAGCUAUAUCUAGUUCCACAUUUUCCACUUCAUUGGGUGCAUUCAAAUGCUCAAAGAAUCGAAAUCAAUCGGUGGAUAAUGAACUCAAGUUAACUCGUUAUGAUCGAAAAUUUCCUCUACAUUUAAAAUCGGAACACUCACUAGAAGCUUUGAUUCCUGAAGAUAAACUUGAGGAAAAAAAAGAUCGGAAUGUCGAAAAUUCCCAAACACAGCAAGUCUCAGAAGCAAAUAGAAAAAGUACCUGCCUAAGAUACUUAGUAAAUUAUCAAAAGUCGAUUGCUGCAGUUGAUUUUUAA